UUCCAUACACAUGCACUAUUCCGUUGCCACCACCAACUCCUCCAAGUUCAAAACCAGGCUAAAAAAAAAGGACCUUCAUUCACACGACCAGUCCAGGUAAUUUACAGCUAGCUCGCCUCGCCUCGCAGAAAAAGAAGAAAAAAGAAAUGGCAAAAUUGCAAUCACAUCACCGCCUCUCAAUGCACUGUCCAAAAAAGUCCCCCCGCGAAUUGGCCGCGUUAUUUACCCUGCAUAAUUCAAAAAUUAUAAAACCACACCCUUUCUCAUCUCCCAUAAUUCAUAAUCUAAACCAAACGUCCCCCUAAAAUCUUUCCCAAAUCAGCGACACCCUUUUCUCUAUUUUACCCCUUUAGUCCCGUUCUUUUCACCUUUUACUUUUUCCCCCCCAACCUUACAUAAAAAUUUAAACCCCCCCUUUUUUUCCUAAUAUACACCGGCAGGCACAAAAUAAUUGUCCUAAUCCACCGCAUGGCCGCCAAUCACUCUGACCCUCCCCCUGAGCCUUCACAAACUAACCAACCGCCACCGCCGCCCACCCUCCCUCCCGCCGUCCAAUCGCCGCCGCCAGCUGCCACCACAACCGCGCCUUGCUCUCCGACCUCCCCUUCUUCUUCGGGGCGGCAUCCGCGGUACAGAGGGGUCCGGGCCCGGAGCGGGAAGUGGGUGUCGGAGAUCCGGGAGCCCAAAAAGACGACCCGGAUUUGGCUGGGGACGUACCCCACCCCGGAGAUGGCAGCCGCCGCAUACGAUGUCGCAGCGCUGGCGCUCAAGGGGCCGAACAACACCCACCUCAACUUCCCCAGCUCCAUUGUCUCUUACCCUGUCCUCCCGCCUUCCCCUUCCGCCUCCGACAUUCGCGCGGCCGCUGCCAGGGCAGCGGUCGCCCGGCUGCCCAAACCGGUUUCGGUCGCAACCACUGCUGGUCCGCCCGCCGCCUCGGAGGACGAGAAAGUGAUGAUUGUUGAGGAGGAGGAGGAGGAGUUCAUGGACGUGGAUGAGCUGCUCAACAUGCCGAAUCUGCUGGUGGAUAUGGCGGGAGGGAUGAUGGUCAGCCCGCCACGGAUCGAUACGUCGUCGUCCGUAGACGAUUCGCCGGAUCGUUCAGAUGGCGGGGAGUCGCUCUGGUCGUAUCACUUGGGAAAUUAAAGUGAGACAGAAGAAGAAGAAGAGGAAACUGAAACAACACGUCCCACCCGAUUGUUGAAUAAGCAUUCUAAUAUGUGCUUAAAUCGUAUUAUACGAACUCUAUUAUAAAAACUAUCUCUUUAAUUAUGCGAUUUUUUUUGUAUACACAAUUGUCAUUUUUCAUCCAUCACAUGUGGAUUAGCGGAUUUCUUAUAAUUGGUGCUUCUGCUCGUACAACCAUUUUUAUGGUAAGAGAUUGUGAUCCAACUACUCGUUGUAACGAUUUAUUAGACCGUGUCUAUAGGCAUCACGAUGCAUGUAAUUAUAUCACAUCUCAACUGGGUAUGUAUAUUUCUAGGGUAUCGAUCUUGCUAGCUAGCCGUGUAGGCAUAUUUCAUGCUUCCGCCUAUCAGGUUCUGUGAAAUUUUAUGCCUCCUUGCCAGGCCCUACGCAUAUGUUUCUGCUGCUGGUGGUGGUGGUUUAAUUUAUUGGCCAUGGAAAUAAAACAUUUUGGUGCUACUGAAGCAAAGAAUGAAUGAGGACGUUCACA